GGGCUGCCGGCCGCCUCCGGCCGGAGGGCUCCGGCUUUUCCCGCCUCCCGGGGACCUCCGGGAGGCCGAGCCCUGUGCCUUUGUGGGGGAAGGCCCUGUCGGUGUCUGCCUGGCAGCCGGAGCCCUGGCGCGUCCUGAGGGACGAUGAGGAUUGAAUUUGGCGGGGAGGGGGCAGCCUCGCCGCGGCGGCUCCUCACCCUGGGCCGCUGCGAGCCCGCCUUUGGGUGCGGUGGCUGCUUUUUCCUGGCUUCUGCUUCCAUCACUUAAGAGGAAGUUUUCUCUGAAAACUUUUAUCCUCAGAACGUCUGGGUCUGUGUGAACUUAAGUUGGCGAAGGAGGUAGUGGGGUUCUUGAGUGCUCGGGCGACUGUCAAAACACGUGACGCUGGGCUCCUUUCUAGGGAAAAGAAACAGCUGUACGAUUACUUUGAAAAUCCAUUUUUGACAUAGCUAGAAAUAACUUUAAACUGUUAAAUUGUGAUUGGUUCCCCAAAGGGCUUUUGGGUUCGAUAGUGCAGCAGAGUGUAAUCUGAAAUGGUUUUUAUAGUUUAUUUUCUAUUUAUGUAUGUCUUACUGUUGACUUUUUUUGGUGAUGAUUCUACUAUAAAUCUGAUAAUCCAGCCAUAGUGCACGAAAAUUACACGGUUUGGAUUGCCACAGCUAGUCCUGUCUUUCAUCUGCUAGGGUUGGGGGUUUUUUUGCAUUUUAUUGUGUUUCUUCAGCAAUGGAUGGAUUUACAAAUAAUCCUCUGUUUAGUGAAAAGGAAGCUCUGAAAUCCCAUUUGUUGUUCUGUGGAAUUCUUGUUAGAUGUUUUCUUAUUUGUUUUGAUUCUUUGAUUAAGGUGUGGGUCAGUGUCUUCUAAAGCAAGUAAUGUUCUUUAACAAGAGAUUAACAUCAGGAACUUAAAAGGAAGCUGAAUAUCCUGACUCGUCCUAGUGGAAUUUCAGUGGACAACUCAAAAUUUGAUGGACCUCUGUUACAGAUUUUAUUUAUGAACAAUGUAAUUUCUAAGCAGUAUCAUCAAGAAAUUGAAGAUUUUGUUUUUAAUUUAGUUCAGAAAUAUGAAGAGCAGAAGAGAGGUGAACAAGAAAAAACACACUUCAAUGUUAAGCCACAGCCCUCCAGUGUUCUUCUGGAAGAAGACCGUAAAACAGCAAGCUCAAAUUCUGUUAAAAAAAUUAAAGAAGCUUUUAGUGUUGUAGGAAGUGUUCUGUAUUUUACCAAUUUUUGUCUUGAUAAACUGGGACAGCCUAUAUUAAAUGAGAAUCCACAGCUGACAGAAGGAUGGGAAAUACCUAAAUAUCAGCAAGUUUUCAGCCAGAUUCUCUCCCUAGAAGGACAAGAAAUACAAGUAAAACCAAAAAGGCCAAAACCUCACUGUUUCAAUUGUGGUUCUGAAGACCAUCAGAUGAAAGACUGUCCAAAGCCACGAAAUGCAGCUCGUAUAAGUGAGAAGAGAAAGGAAUUUUUGGAAGCUUGUGGUGAAGCGAGCAAUCAGAAUUUUCAGCAGCGUUAUCAUGCAGAAGAAGUAGAAGAGAGGUUUGGAAAAUUUAAACCAGGAGUAAUUAGCGAGGAACUUCAAGAUGCACUCGGUGUCACAGAUAAGAGUCUUCCUCCGUUUAUCUAUCGCAUGCGUCAGCUGGGUUAUCCUCCAGGCUGGCUCAAGGAGGCUGAAAUGGAGCACUCGGGACUUGCGCUUUACGAUGGCAAAGAUGAUGGUGGAACAGAAGAUGAAGGAUCCCACCAGCUGAAACGCACCACUUACGAUGUCUCUAAGUUGAUAAACUAUCCAGGCUUUAAUAUAUCCACUCCAAGUGGGAUCCCAGAUGAAUGGCAGAUAUUUGGUUCCAUCCCCAUGCAGCCAUCUCAACAGAAGGAUGUUUUUGCUCACUACCUGUCUAAUUUUCAUGCGCCAAGUCCAAAAUCUAGCAAUAAAAGGGCUGCAUCUCAGUCAAGGUCUCAUCAUUCAAAACGACCAAGAGAAGACAAUUCAGAGGUACCAGCAGCUAACAUGGACCUAGAUUCUGAUAUGGAAGUGUCACAAAGAUCUCAAACUCAUAAUAGUUUUCAGUUCCAACCUCCACUGCCACCUGGACAUCCAUCGAUGUCAACUCCUCCUUCUUUACCACGAGGAACACCUCCACUAAAUCUUACACCGCUUCAACCUUCAAUACCCACCCGCCCUCCUCUUCCUAGGACUACUCCACCAUUGAAUCCUUCCAGUGAUAUUCUUCAGCCAAAAAUAGUGGACUCAAUCAUGGAUGAGGAUACCCUGACCUUGGAAGAGCUGGAGGAACAGCAGCGAUUAAUCUGGGCAGCUCUAGAGCAGGCAGAAAGCACAAACAGUGACUCUGAUAUUCCCAUCGAUACACCUUUAACUGGAAAUUCUGUUACGUCAUCACCAUCUAGGAACGAAGUAGAUCUUGUUGCAGAAGUAAAAUCAUCUGAUAAGGUGAUUACAGUGGAAAGAAGGCUUUCUGACAUCAGUGAACAGAUAUCAGAAAAUGAACAUUCUAUAACUGGUCCUAGUCCAGGAGAUAGUUUACUUAAUUUAAAGGAAAAUCCUGAAAAUACAGAUUCUGAAGGUUUGCUGGAUAACACCAUGCCUGCUCCCAACCGUGAGGUUAACGAUGGAGAAAAUACAGGUGGUAAUAAGGUAGCCACAAGCACUGAAUCAUCUGCAAGAAAUUCCAGUCUUGUUCCUGAUAUGAGCAAGUUUGCUGCAGGCAUAACACCAUUUGAAUUUGAAAAUAUGGCAGAAUCAACAGGCGUUUAUCUACGAAUAAGGAGCGUGUUAAAAAAUUCCCCAAGAAACCAGCAAAAGAAAAAGACUUAAUUUUAACUGUUUUUAAUUUGUUUCGUUAUGCCCAAAUCCCUGCUUCCUUCUCUCUCCUCCAGUUUUACAAACUCAAAUACCCUUCCUCAUCCUUUGUGGGAAGGAGAAAAUCUUGUCAAAUACAGCUCUGCCCCAUUCUUCCUUGGAACUGAAGUCAGUGCAGGGUUUCCAUAUUGACCAGGACCACCAAUGCGGCCAGAAAAUACAGAAAAAUUUUCCCAAAUUGCACCAUUCCAUUAAGGAAUACCAGGACUGUUGAUUUGUUAAGGGCGAUUUAUUUGCCAAUACAUAAAACUCUAAAAAGAGGAGUUUGUGGUUUGCUGUUAAUUACUUUGGCUAAGGUUUAUAUUGUCCUUGAGUUUCAGGUGGAUUGGUGAUUUUUUUAAUAUCUGUCCUUUGUACAAUAAUCUAUACUUGAUACAUUUUGCUAAUUAUCCUGUAGAUAAGUUUAAUAUAUUCAGAAUGUUUUUUAAAAGUUCUAACAUUAAGAUUUCCCACAUUAAAAUCCUGGCAGUUGGAUUAAAAUAAUCAGGGAUUACCAGCAUUAUCUUCACCAUUUCAAAUAUUUUUAUAAAUUAUUUAUGUGGGUCAGUUUUAAUUACCACUGUAUCUUUUGUAACAUCAUCAUUCAUGUAAACUUGCUGUACAUACAUGUUCAUUGUUGUGUACAGAGGUUUAAUAAAUGAGCUUUUAUAUAAAGA